UCAAGAACCUAUUCGGAAAAGCUGCAUAUGCUAGGCAGAAAAGGAAGUUUUUGUACUAUAUGGAUCGAAUUGGCUCCAUUAAUGUCGAGGCAGCUAGAUAUCUGUUGGACAUUCCCCUUCAUCUAUGGUCUCUACAUCAUGAUGGUGGGUGUAGAUAUGGUGUGCAAACCACCAACAUGUCUGAAGUGUUUAAUGGUGUCCUAAAAGGAGCAAGAUGUCUACCGAUCACUGCUUUGGUAAGAAUGACAUUUUAUCGUGUCAAUUCUUAUUUUGCUACAAGGAGAGAAUUAGGUAGAAAAAGACUUGAGGAAGGCCAUGAUUAUAGCCCGAAGGCGACUAACAUCAUUGAAAAGAACAUGGAGAAGGCAGGUGCUCAUGAGGUGAUUGUGUUUGAUUAUGAGCGAGGGCUAUUUGAGGUCACUACUGGUCGUGGAGACCGUAUUGCGGGAAAGGUGGAAAGAAACACACGGUUAACUUAAUGCAGAAGACAUGUACAUGUGAGAAAGUCAUAAUAUAUAAGUUGCCGUGUUCUCAUGUCCUUGCGGUAUGUCGUCACCGGAGCUUGUCAUAUAGUGGUUUUGUGGACGCUUCAUUUCUGACUAGCUCGUAUCGAUCUACUUAUAUGUCCUUUUUCAAGCCUGUGCCUGAUAUGCAUAAUUGUUCUCCAUAUGAUGGUCCGAGAAUUAUAGCUGAUGAGAGGCUAAAACGUGGAGCUGGACGUCCACGGUCCACUCGAAUACAAAAUGAAAUGGAUGCAGCUGAUAGGUCUGGCAAAUAUAGAUGUAGCAUUUGUAAGGUUUCAGGACACAAUAAGCAAAGAUGUCCUAAUAAGAACGGUGAAGGAACAUCUGGGUCUGAUGGCGCAGUCCAUCUUUCCCGGCCCCACUGAUCGCAGCGUUCUCACCCUCCAGGACCAGCAUCGGAGUGAGGAUGUCUGGAGGGGAGUAGCGGACACGGUACUAUCGUGUCGGUUGCAUCAUCACAGUCUCUAUCUUGACUGGGAGAUUCACGAAGGGUUCUUCGGUAUGUCGAGCGGGCUGGUUUUCUCGGCAUACAUCGUUUGGUGGGGAGGUUUGGAGAUUGAUAGACCACUUCUGACGGCAUUAGUGGAGCGAUGGAGGCAGGAGACCCAUACAUUUCAUUUGACUGUUGGGGAGGCGACGAUUACUUUGGAGGAUGUCGCUGUUAUCCUUGGACUUAGAGUGCACGGGGCACCUGUUACUGGUCGAGGCGAGGGUAACUGGGCUGCAUUAGUUUUCGAGUUGUUAGGGAUUUGGCCCAACACACCGGAGAACGAGCCCAAAGUUCUCCAGGGUUCGUCUUUGAGAUUGACAUGGCUUCGGCAACAUUUUUUCUUGUUGCCGAAUGAUGCUGAUGAGGUGACUGUACAGCGAUUUGCCCGGGCUUACAUUCUUGCAUUGAUGGGGUCCAUUCUUUUUGCCGACAAGAGUGGAGAUGCAGUCCAGGUUCUUUAUCUCCCGCUUUUAGCUGAUCUCGACGUAGCAGGGACAUAUAGUUGGGGUAGUGCGACCCUUGCAUACCUGUAUCGGCAGCUAUGUCGAGCAUCACAUAGGGGUGCGAGGGAGUUAGGUGGCCCUGUGUUGUUGUUACAGAUUUGGGCAUGGGAGCACAUACACAUUGGCAGACCUCGGAUUUCGAGGGUGCGGGACCCACCUCCACAGUUUGACGAGGCCGUUCCUAUUUUAGGCUCCCAGCAUGUUCCGGGGAUUGACCCCUUAGCUGUCAGUUGGCUUCGAGUACACAUCAUAGGUCCCACACAGCAGGUGGGCUUCCUUACUACAGGGAUGCACUUGACCAUCAGACACGAGCAGAUGACUUGGCAGCCAUAUACUGAUGGGACUGGCGUUUUACCUGCUAUAUGUCGAGCUGAUCGACAUGUAUGGCGCACAUGGCCCCACUUAUCUGUUUCGACAUUGUAG